AUGAGCGUUAAGUUAUUUGCGAAGGCAGCUGAAAUUGCAUUUAAAAAAUGUAACAUUGAUAAGACCCCCACAGUUGCUUUACCGAAAAGGCAAAUUAUUACAGACGUAGCACCAGACAAACUUUUGAAAAGCUUUUGUGGGCUCUAUCCUAGUAAAAAAAAACCUUUCGGUUGUUUAAACCCUACACCAAAACCAAAUGAAAAGCCUCCAAAUGAAAAACCUGAACCAGAGAUUACACCUAAACCAGAUGGUAUACCUGAACCAGAAAAUACGCCUAAACCUGAUGAAAACCCUGAACCAGAAAAUACACCUAAACCAGAUGAUAAACCUGAACCAGAGAAUACGCCUAAACCAGAUGAUAAACCUGAACCAGAGAAUACGCCUAAGCCAGAUGAGAAACCUGAACCAGAGAAUACGCCUAAACCAGAUGAAAAACCUGAACCAGAAAAUACAUCUAAACCAGAUGAUAAACCUGAACCAGAGAAUACGCCUAAACCAGAUGAAAAACCUGAACCAGAAAAUACACCGAAAUCAGAUGAAAAACCUGAACCAGAGAAUACGCCUAAACCAGAUGAAAACCCUGAACCAGAAAAUACACCUAAACUAGAUGAAAAACCUGAACCAGAAAAUACACCUAAACCAGAUGAUAAACCUGAACCGGAGAAUACGCCUAAACCAGAUGAAAAACCUGAACCAGAGAAUACGCCUACACCAGAUGAAAACCCUGAACCAGAAAAUACACCUAAACCAGACGAUAAACCUGAACCAGAGAAUACGCCUAAGCCAGAUGAGAAACCUGAACCAAAGAAUACGCCUAAACCAGAUGAAAAACCUGAACCGGAGAAUACGCCUAAACCAGAUGAAAAACUUGAACCAGAGAAUACGCCUACACCAGAUGAAAAACCUAAACCAGGAAAUACACCUAAACCAAACGAGAAACUUAAAGCAAAGAAUACAACUAAUACCAAA